CGCUCCGCCGGGGGGCGGCCGAGCCGAGCAGAGCCGUGCCGCCGUGGAGCUGCGGCUGCGCGGUGGGCGCGGCCUUUUCCCCCCUGCUGCUGGCUGCAGGCGUUGUGCGGAGCGGGCCCCGGCCUAGGCCUAGACCGGACAGUACCUGGCACGAUGGGGUUUGUGAAAGUUGUCAAGAAUAAGGCCUACUUCAAGAGAUACCAAGUAAAAUUCAGGAGAAGGAGAGAGGGAAAAACUGAUUACUAUGCUCGUAAGCGUUUAGUAAUUCAGGAUAAAAACAAGUACAACACCCCUAAAUAUAGGAUGAUUGUGCGUGUUACCAACAGAGACAUCAUUUGCCAGAUUGCCUAUGCUAGGAUCGAAGGCGACAUGAUUGUCUGUGCUGCUUACGCCCAUGAGCUGCCAAAAUACGGUGUGAAGGUUGGCCUGACUAAUUAUGCAGCAGCAUACUGCACAGGUCUGCUUUUGGCACGCAGGCUUCUGAAUAAAUUUGGCCUUGAUAAGAUCUAUGAAGGCCUAGUUGAAGUGACUGGUGAUGAAUACAAUGUGGAAAGUGUGGAUGGAAAGCCUGGUGCUUUCACAUGCUACCUUGAUGCAGGUCUUGCCAGAACUACUACUGGGAACAAAGUUUUUGGUGCUCUGAAGGGUGCAGUGGAUGGUGGUCUCUCCAUCCCUCACAGUACCAAGCGUUUCCCUGGUUAUGACUCAGAAAGCAAAGAAUUCAAUGCAGAGGUUCACCGCAAGCAUAUCAUGGGCCAAAAUGUUGCAGAUUAUAUGCGUUACCUGAUGGAGGAGGAUGAAGAUGCUUACAAAAAGCAAUUCUCCCAAUACAUAAAGAACAAUGUAACACCUGAUGGGAUGGAAGAAAUGUACAAAAAAGCCCAUGCUGCUAUACGGGAUAAUCCAGUCCAUGAAAAGAAACCCAAGAGAGAAGUCAAGAAAAAGAGAGUGAACAGUUCCAAGAUGUCCCUUGCCCAGAAGAAAGACCGCGUUGCUCAGAAGAAGGCUAGCUUCCUCAGGGCUCAGGAGCGUGCAGCUGAUAGUUAAGACAACUUCCACAAUUUUCUAUGAAGCUUUGGAAGAAGUGGCAAUAAAUUUAUUGAGUAAGCAA